UUGCUGCGGUGCAGAGUUUUGUGGCAGUAUUGGAUUAUAAAUAUCGCAGAAAGUGAAACGAUACACUAUGAAGCAGUGAGUGUAAUUUGAAUACUGUCCCUUUGUUUAAAUUGUUUUUAAAAGAUAGCUACGAAUAGUGGGUCUGUUUUAUAAAUUUAAAUUCGGUUGUGUUUGGUGAAACACGUGAAAACCUGCUGAUGAACGAUUUUUUUUUUUUUUGAGAAAUUAUUGUUAUAUCUUAUUCCAUCGCUUACAAAAUACCAGUAAUAAGAGUGCAGUGAACUUCCAUAUAACGUAUUCAAUGCGCUCCUGUGCUUACUUCGUUGUAUGAAAAAACUUGUAGAUAAGUUGUAGUGUGUAGUUGAAGUUUCCUCGCAAUUAAAAAAACCCUCAAAUCUGGCAUUCAAUGCUUAUGAUAAUGUGUCUGUUAUGGCACUCAGCCCAAGCACAUCCACCAAAUGGUGCUCGUGCCGCGGUAACCUCGAACGCAGCCGAAUGUGCCGAAAUCGGAAUGAGCAUGCUUGAUCAAGGUGGUUCCGUAGCUGAUGCGGCUAUCGCUACGCUGUUAUGUGAAGGCGUUUCAAUUCCCCAGAGUAUGGGUAUCGGCGGUGGAUUCGUACUGACCAUCUAUAACAAAGCGUCGGGCAUCGUAGAGUCCUUGGACUCGCGAGAGGUCGCUCCGGCUGCAGCCACUAAAAAUAUGUACGUCGGAAAUGGCAAAGCUGCCAUUGAAGGUGGACUAUCGAUUGCCGUUCCUGGGGAACUCAAGGGCUACUGGGAGUUGCAUCAAAAGUAUGGCAAACUGCCAUGGAAAAAGUUAGUUGAACCGACGAUCACUUUGUGUACCAAGGGGUCUCUGGUGACAGAUUAUUUGGAGAAAAUUUUGUCCUCGAAGAAGUCGUCACUUUUAUCGGAUCGAGCGCUAGCAAACAUAUUCAUUAACCCAAAUACCAACGACACCUGGAAGGCGGGAGAUCGUAUUAAGCGACCAGCAUUGGCAGAAUCUUUGAAAGUGAUUGCAGUGGAAGGGGCAGGUGCUUUAUAUAGUAAAAGUGGAUCACUUUUGCCCAAAUUAAUGCAAGAUCUGAAGAAAGCAGGCAGCAUCCUAACGGAAAGUGAUUUUUAUAAUUACAGACCUGAGUGGGUAAAGCCGGCACGAGCCACGCUACGGAACAGCUUCAAUUUGCAUUCUAUGCCACUUCCAGGCAGUGGUCCUAUUCUUAGUUAUAUGUUAUCUAUUCUGGACGGAUACAAAGAUCUUUCAAUCGAUGAUGAUCUCACCUGGCAUCGAAUUGUUGAGAGCUUUAAACAUGGGUACGGCUUACGAACAAAAGUAGGAGAUCCCCGCUUCGUUAACUCGGUGAACAACGUGCUGCAAAAAAUGACCAAUAAAAAUUACAUCGCCUACAUUCGGGACAUGAUAGUGAGCAACAUGACGUUCGAUAGUUAUGACUAUUAUGGAGCAGAUUUUGCUGGCUUGCAGGAUCAAGGAACCGCGCACGUAUCGGUGUUGGCAGCCAAUGGAGAUGCAGUAUCGGUAACAAGCACGAUUAAUUAUCUGUUUGGCUCAUUAAUAAUUUCACCUUCGACCGGUAUCAUUCUCAACGAUGAGAUGGACGAUUUUUCAACACCGGGUGUAGUGAAUGCCUAUGGGUUAUCGCCUUCUCCGGCUAAUUUUAUCGUACCAGGAAAACGGCCUCUUUCCUCCAUGUCUCCGACAAUCAUAACUGAUCGUGAGGGAGAUGUUAGGAUGGUAAUUGGUGGUGCAGGAGGAUCAAGGAUAACGACCGCCACGGCAUUGGUUAUAGUUAGACACCUGUAUUUUAAACAAAGCCUUUGUGAGGCAAUCAAUGCACCACGAAUCCAUCAUCAAUUAGCACCCAUGCAGGUGGAACAUGAGAAGGGAUUUGAUGCAACUGUGUUAAAAGAGCUAGCUGCUCGGGGUCAUAAGGUUCAGGAAUCGAAAGCCGAUUUUGGAUUCGCUGCCUUAACAGCAAUAGCAAGGGAGGGAUAUUCUGUUUCAGCUGCCUUCGACAGAAGGCGGAGUGGCAGUGUGUCAGUCCGUCCACGAAAGACUGGGUUAGGUAAUUGUAUCUAAGUUUUAAGGAAUAAGAGUAAUGAGAAAAUGAAAUAAUUUUAACAGUUUUAGUACAAACCAUUUUAAAAACGUAUUAUUGUAGUUCAUGUAAUCGGCUGUUUGCUCAAAGCUUAAACAACUACCUGUUUACACUCUAUGAUAGAAGCCAACACGCACCAAGGCCCUAGCAUUCAAGACACGUUUCCCCUAUUCGACAGAAAACGAUUACUUAACAGGCACUAAUGACGCCAACUAUUUAGCAUGCACUAGCUCACUUGCUGUUGUAAUUAAAAUCACGGUCAAAUUAAUUUGCGCUCAUAUUUUAUUUCUUUAAUCUCCCGAGCAAUGGGAAUCCGUCGAAAGGGUAUACAGCGAAUUGUUACACUCUCCAAAUGUGUUGCCUUAAAUGGAAGGACGAGAAAAUGGGUAGAAGAAUUUUCAGUCCAACUCUACGCUGUACAAUGAGAAGCGAUUCAACCAGGAGGUUUGAUGUAAUUUGUUUUAUGACAACACAUGCGACAUGCAAUUCAUCAAACUCAACUAGAUCAUAAAUUUUAAAAGCCCAAUCUCUCUGCUCAUGCUAUCAUUGAAACGAUAGGAUAAAAGAGAAAUGGUUACCACGGUUACCUUCGUUGACUGAUUACAAAGAAUGACAGUUUAGUCUGCGAAAUGGAAGGCACCGUUGCUAUGGCCAGUUGAAAUGACUCUCAAUUGGUCGUGAUGUUGAAACGUGUCCGUGAAUUAUGAUCACAGCUGCCAGUUUGGAGUUGUUUUUGCAGGUUUUAAAGUGCAUCCCACUGCAGUGGCAUGUAGUCGUUUAAUUUAAAAGGGUAAGUGAUGGAAUUAAUUUAAGCUAUAAAUUUAUUUCACUUUCAAAAAGAAAAACCCGUGAUGUGAUGGUUGGUAUUGGAGUGCAGCAAAUAAUGAAUAAUGUGGCGUGACGCCGUCACAACGCGGCUUGUAAUAAUAGAUCACAUUCAUGUAUGUGCCUUUUUUACAAUUCCCUUUCAAACCCUUCUUUUUAACAGUAGAAAUCGUAUGAAAAAUGCAAAAUUAAGUUUCGGAAAAUGGUUGAGAGGUGAUAAUAUUCUACAAAACUAUUAAUGACAUAUCAUGUUUCAAAAGCAUACAAAUUUGAAACGCUAUGUUGUAAACCUAUUAUGUGUGGUGUGUGACAAUAGAAGUAAAGUUGUCCUGUGAAGAUCAACAAUCGUUUUUGUUGCGUUUCUAUAAAGAUACGCGAUGUACUUGAGCUAAUGAUUUUUUUUUAUUAAACUUUUUAUUUAUUUCAACACAAUUUAUUUGACAUGAUUGCAAUGCAAGAAUCAUUUUUCAAAGUGAAUAAGAUUUGAAUUUAGGUUUGCAUUAUGAUCUUACACACUAACGUACAUUUGAUCAUGAAUAAAAGAAACACAGUAAAUGUUGUCCCUCGUUUGUUCCACUUCUCAGCUGCGUAUCCGUUUAAUCAAGGUAAUGAGUUAUUUCACACCUUAACACCAACGUUGAUAGAGGGUGGAACAAAGUAUACUGAAUAUAAAAUUUCACGCGUAAA